AUGCCAAUCGCCUCCAAGCUCGUCUACUUCCAGCGCCGCCCCUCGCCGGCGCCGCCGGACGACCCGGGCCCCGAGCCGCCGGACCCCCGACGCCGACCCUGCCGCGACCACCGCCGCCGCCGGAGCUCCCUCUCCUCCCACCACAAGCCGGGUCAGGAACAUAUUCCAGGACACCAAAGGGAUGCCGCUACGAAGCCUCUGGGAUCAGUUGGAAACAUAGCAGAGCAUGCAGCCGGCAUGUCCUCCAGCACAAGACUUCACCGCAGCAUAUCAGACCAUGGUCGGCUUCCUGACGCCGUUCAGCAGGCCAGGGAAAGGCUCUUUCAGAGGCUCAACAGUGUGGACCUGUCAGGAAGAAGGCAAAAGACAUGGCCCUCGGAAUCAUUCUGGGCUGGACUAACUCGCCCCGCUGACGCCAGUGUGUCCACCUCUUCAGACAACAUACUGGGCAGUCUAACCAAUUGCUUCCAGUCUGGUGAACCUGUCGCAGCCAGCAAGGCUGAAGAAAGCACCGUCAUCACUAACACAGAUGAGUGUAUGCCCAUCACAGUGUUCCCCAAACCCGUCUCCAAGCUGCAGGAAGCAGAAGACGGUGAAGCCGUGGGAGCUUCUUCUCCAGCUGAGUGCUCCAUAUGCCUGGAGAGGUGCGGUGACUCAGGCGACGGGCUCAUCCAGCUGCGCUGCAGGCAUAUCUUCCACUCGGCCUGCCUGGAGCGGUGGCUGCGGUCCCGCGCCGACUGCCCCUACUGCCGUGCCACCGUGCGAGUUUGCUCCUAA